ACCUGUGUCAUAAAGCAGGAAGACAACCCGACGAAGCCCGUAACAUGAGAACACGACGGACCAGAGAAAAGCUUUAACAGCGCACAGACUGUGAGAGACUCUUGGGUUUAACCACCAGGAAGAGAGAAGAUACUUGUUGUAUUCCCCCCGGGCAGGACUGUGUCAUUACCGAGUCGCCCUCUGCGGACUAGCGGAGGUGUUAGCACGCUAAGCUAGCCUGUUGUUUGCUAACUUUUUCUGUUUUUUCAACGUCUCUGUCCGGGUCGAGAUUAUUUUUUCACAGCUGGUCCGGCUGCGAUACUCUGCUGGUUCUUGUUAACCGUCGCCGACGCCUCAUCAUGGGAUCCAGAGCGUCCACGUUGCUCCGGGAGGAGGAAAUCGAAGAAAUCAAGAAGGAGACCGGCUUCUCCCACAGUCAGAUAACUCGCCUGUACAGCCGCUUCACCAGUCUGGAUAAAGGUGAAAACGGCACCCUGAGUCGAGAAGAUUUCCAGAGGAUCCCGGAGUUGGCCAUCAAUCCUCUGGGAGACAGAAUCAUCAACGCGUUUUUCCCCGAGGGAGAGGACCAGGUGAACUUCCGGGGCUUCAUGCGGACGUUGGCUCACUUCAGACCGAUCGAAGACAACGAGAAGAGCAAGAACGCCGCCGUCAGCGAGCCGCUCAACAGCAGGACAAACAAGCUGCUCUUUGCUUUCCGUCUGUACGACCUGGACAGAGAUGACAAAAUCUCUCGGGACGAGCUGCUCCAGGUCUUGAGGAUGAUGGUCGGUGUAAACAUUUCAGACGAGCAGCUUGGCAGCAUCGCUGACAGGACCAUCCAGGAGGCGGACACGAACGGAGAUAACUCCAUUUCCUUCAAUGAAUUCAUCAAGGUCUUGGAGAAGGUGGACGUGGAACAGAAAAUGAGCAUCCGGUUCCUGCACUAAGAUUCUUUCUUUUUUCUUUCUUUUUUUAAAUAUCUAUUUCGAGUGGCGCUCAACAUGCCAGUUGAUGUCGGGACACAACCUCACCCAGCCUGUCAGCAGGCUGCUGUGGCCCACACACACACACACACACACACACACACACACACACACGGAGAACACACGGUCAUUAGGUAGAUCAUGUAGCGGAUGUUGAGUUUCUGCCGCCGCACUCGACUCCGUACACAAAGGGAAACGUCGCGUGCUGUCGUUGUUUUUAUGCAAUGUCACUUAGGGGUGUCGCAAUAUACAGGUAUUCAAUGAAAUAUAGAUAUCAUGUAAAUAAUUAGUUCCUCUCUGCCGUGACGCAGUAACGAUCAGGUUCACACUCCAACAUAGUAUGUGUUAGUAUUUUUGGGUGAAUUUCAUUUGCCAAAAAAACAAACAAAACAAUAAACUAAGAUAAAGAUGAAUUUUACUGAUAGCUUUUUAAUUUCAAAUGUUUUUAUAGAUAUUGCGAUUGUAUUGUUCUUGUGAAUUAUUUUUGACAUUUCUUUGCAGUGAAAAUCGGAUAUCGGGACAGCCUUAAAGUCAAUGUAUUUUUAUUAUAUCUUUUAUUCCGCGUAAUGGAAUAUUAUUUAUUAGGGGAACUUGUUGAGUCAGUUAGAACCACUGCUGUUCCAGCCUGAUCAAGCAUUUUUUGCUAAUCCAAUGAUUAAGUUAGAUCUUUAGACGCUUUGUCUGUACAAAUAUGCAAAUGAUUCAGAGUGAAACUUCAGAACAGACGGUAUGUUUAACGCUAACGUGAUCUCAUGACUUCUUUUUCGUCGACUUGUGGCAGAGCAAAGUCAGACCGAUCCGGAGUUGGUCCCUUGAAGUAAAGCAGGAUGCGCUCCUGAUUUUUUUUUUUUUUAUAAAUCUUUUCCUCACUAAAGUGCCAUGGCUUGGUUUGUCCAUUGUAAGUUAUUAUCUCAACAGUAAACAACAGGAACCAAUGGCCAUGUUGUGGUUUCUUUAAAUAUAGGUAAAUAACCUUGCUACUUCCAAUAGUUUGUAACUCCCCGUUUCAAUUGUUGGAGUAAAAUCAAGGCAGGUUUGAUCUUCUGUCAACGCCACUAACAACCUGGGGCCUGUCGGAGCCACAACCGCAGAGUCACUGUGUGUUCAUAAUGUCGUGUUUAAAAGAACUCUUGUACUCAUUUACAACUAAAAUGAUGGUGGUAAGAGUGGAACAUUUCACACAACAUGCUCCCAUCUUGUUUUGACUAGUAUGUUUUCAGUAGAAAGGUCAAAUAAAAAAAGGUGAAUGGGUUUCACCGGACGCUGUGGCCUGCUUUCCAAAAGAGAGAGAAAAAUUCCCUGCGGUGGAAAUCGGGUUGUUCUCCAAAUAACGUGCUUAUGUGAUCUGUCUUAACUGUGGCUAGAGGUGGAAAAAAACAUUUUGUUUGUUGAUUCAUGCGCCACUCAACGUUUGUCAUGCCAUUUCUGUGGCCAUCGCUUAGUUCCAUGUGAUCAAAGAGAAUCAGAUGCAUCGAUAUACAUACACACAUAUAUAUAUAUUUCCUAUACAGGUUAGUGUACUUGAAUUGGAGUGAAAAUGUGUGACCUUUUAAUCUUUAAUGCGAGUUUGUUCAAUCAUCACAAGAACAUCCUCCAGCAUAUGAGUAGUGCAGUAAACUUUACAGCUCCAACAUGUUGGUAAUCAUUGUGAUGUUGGUCUAUUCAAAGUGAAACAUGAAUUUGAUUUGAAUAAAAUAAGUGCCAUGA